CAGACCGGAGAACAGCAACAUACGCGGAUAGGGAUGAAGGUCCGGGUUUUCAACGGAGACGGGUGAUAUCAAGGCACAGUGUUAAUAUUUCCUCGCUGUAAGGCUGCCUUCAUCGCAAUACGUUAUUUUAAGAAUCCGACGGCUCAUCAAGGAGUGAUCCUACGACGCAACAAGAUUCUGACAAUAUUCGCUAUCAUGGAUUUUCAUUUUUUCAAUGAAGCGCCAUCGAGAGGCGCAGUCGAGAAUCUGUGCUAUGUCUCAGUUUUCCUCUUCCUCGCCUAUUGCGUAGUGGACGCAGUGUCAGCUAGACAACUUGUUAGGAAGCACGCGGAGUACCCUCUCGUCGGAAAGCCAUUUCCAUAUGCUCCUAAAUUUAUCCAUAACCUCCUUUAUGCCUGGAAGGCAACUGAGCUCUCACAGGAGGGUUACGAGAAAAACCAGAACUCGGCGUUCCAACUGAUCCGCAAUGAGGGUGAAAUGAUGGUUUUGCCGCUCUCCCUACUAGAGGAGGUUAGCCGGCUACCGUCACACAUUGCCGAGCCGACAGCAGCGCUCAACCAGGACCUAACGGGCUCCUUCACGGGGAUUGAUUUGAUUCUUGAGAAUAGGCUUCACCACUCCAUCGUACAGCGGAAGCUGUCGCCGCGGUUACCUUUACUCUUACCACGCAUGGAGGAGGCGGUCUCUGCAGCAUUUUCUCAAUACAUACCACAGAGUGAGGACUGGACCGAGUUCUAUCCUUACGAUACGUUUAGAUAUAUCUCCGCACGUGUCGGUGCCGAGGUUAUUGUAGGACCGGCGUUCUGUGAUAACAAAGAGUGGUUACACGUCGCAGUUGAGUACACCGAAAAUCUGUUCAGAACAGUGGUUGUCCUGCGCUGUUUUCCAACAUGGAUGCACCCCAUUAUUUCUCGCUUGCUCCCGUCAUAUUGGGAGGGCUGGCGGCAUCUUCGUAAGGGCAAAAAGCUCUUGGCGCCUAAAAUCCAGGAACUUCUUGAUAAGAACAAUGCGGGUACCUGGAACCCGCAAGAUGACAAAGUUGAGGAUCUCAACGUACUCAGUUGGCUUACCGGCCUCGCUAAGGGGCGUGAUCGCAGCGCGGAUACUUUGGGGCACGUACUGGUCAUGGUGGCCCUAGCAGCUGUGCACACCACUCUUCUGCGAAUGGUCAACGUGCUCUAUGACGUAACCGGCGCCGGUCUAGAAGUAGAACUACUGGAUGAGAUCGCGGCUGUUGUGGAACGUGGCUGGCAUGAUAACGGCAACCCGUACGAUGCACUAGGCAAGCUCGACAGCGUGAUGCGUGAGUCUCAGCGUCUUUCACCCCCCACCACGCUAGGCAUGAAGAGGCUGUUCAAGGAGUCGUACACCUUUCAAGACGGCACGCACAUCCGUGCCGGCACCUAUGCCUGCAUGCCCGUAUAUGCAAUAGAGAAUGACCCGGCAAAGAUUCCUAACCCAGAGACAUUUGACGGGCUGCGUGCAUACCGCGCGGCGCGUGAGAGUGAGGCCGGCUCUACUGAUGAUCACCUCUUCUCGUCUCCGGGGCUAAAUUUUCUCAACUUCGGCUACGGCAAAACAGCCUGUCCGGGUCGCUUCUUUGCAAGCGUCGUGGUUAAAAUGGUCAUUGUCAAAGCACUUACUGAUUACGAAUUCAAAUUCUUGCCGGGUGCUGAGCGGCCGAAGAAUAUCACUGUACAUGAAUUUCUCUUUACUUGGCCUUGGAAUAAGAUGCUUAUACGCCGGAAGAGUAAAGGGGCGUGCCCGUUUUGAACAAGGUUAUUCCCUAGACCCCUGGGUGGGUACUUUGGGGAGAUAGAUUGUGGGUGUUUUUAUUGGUGUAACCAUGCA